AUGGCUGUGUCCGCGCAUCGCGUCAACGUCUUCCCGGACCCCCGGGCACUCGAGAAAGGCGGCAACCCUACGACCAUCUUCCUAGAUGCGCACCACUUGACUCACGCCGAGAUGCAGGAGCUGGCGCGGGCUUGCGUGCACGAGUGCGGCUUCGUGGUGGAGGGUCCCACGCUGCGCACCAACAACGCCUCGGGUCCAGCAUGCUACGACGUCUCCCUACAAUUCUGGGUCCCCGGGCACGAGAUGGAGAUGUGCGGCCACGCAACGAUCGGCGCGCUGUGGCUGAUUGAGGGGCUGGGCAAAUUCCCCGAUGCCCGUCGCGUCUCCGUCACCACGAAGGCUGGAGUGUUCGAGGCGCUGCUGCCGCAGCCAGAGGCGAGCAGCGAAGGGUCAUCCUGGGCAGGUCAAGUCCGUGUAUCCCAGCCUCGAGGAUCAGCGGAGUCUUUGUCGCUGGCAGAUGGUGAGCUUGUUGCGGAGGCCCUCUCAGCCUCCGUUGAGAACAUCGUUGCGCUCAAGGAGAUUCAAAACGCCGCGACUUCUCGCACCAAGACCCUCGUCCCCUUGAAGAGCCUCGAUGCUCUGCAUAGCUUACGCCCGACCGCGACCUCAGUCCGGAGCGUCUGCGAGGCUAUUGGAUCAACCGGUCUCUACCCUUACGUCACGAUCGACGAGAACACCUUCAGCGCUCGCCAGUUCCCCAAGUCUUCCGGCUACCUGGAGGAUCCGGCGACCGGCAUCGCGGCCACAGCCCUGGUGUGCGGCUUGCUGGAAAAAGGCGUGGUAGCGCAGCACGAGACGAGGACCUUGACGAUCAGGCAGGGCGAGGCCAUGGGGCGGCCCUCAGAGAUUGGGGUGACUUUGAGGCGGGAUUCCUCUUCUUCGGAAGUAAGAGGUUAUUGGCUCAGUGGAAUUGCUGCGGCAAUGGACUUGGAUGGCAACGUACUCCCGAAGCUUGAUGACCUUAAUCGCCGCUUAGGGUCAUCGCAUCGUGAAAACGAGAGCUGA